GGAGCAUCAGAUUUGCCCCCUGCACAUCUCAGCCCCCGUGUCUCCCAGUAGUUACCCUGUCCUCCACCCCACACCAGACAGACCCCACUGGUCACAGCCCCUCACGGACGUGUGAUCUGACCAUCCUGGGUGCAACCUUCACCGCCGGCAGGGGACCGAAAACAGGCCUGAAAGUCUUGCCCAGCGCCUGGCGCUGGGGGGAAGUGACGCCGCACUAAGGACGGAUCGGAUAUUUUGCCUAAUUCGCCUGCCAAACUCCACCCUGAGCUUUGGCAUAUCGGGCCGUGUCCGGAAACCCGAGAGUCCAGAAAUCACCGAUCUUCAUAAUUCAGCUGGGCAAUUUAAGCAGAAGCCACAUCUUUAAGAGGCCCUAGCCUGGCAAAUAUCUUGAGACCAGGCUGGUACUUCCUGUUUACCCUCAUUCGGACAGGCCGAGGCUGUGGUGGAGGCAGCGGGGAGUCAUUGGCUUCUUCUCUUCUCGUCAUUCGCUGGGCAAGCUUGGAAGAUGCAGGAUGAGGAAGGUUACACAGUAUUAAAUCUCCAAGCCCAGGAGAACUCCACCGUCCGCCUGACCCCAGGCCAGAUCCAAGAUUCCUCUUCAAUGUCCCAGAGCUGCAAACUCCCACUAGGGAUCCUGGGGGCUGUUUGCCUCAUUUUGGCAUUAGCCGUGAUCCUUCUGUCAGUGCCAGUUUUCCAGGGCAGCUCUCACAACGGACAGACGGGACCCCCGCCAAGCACCCCUGUGGACGGGGAGUCGGGACAGAGAAGACCAAGCAGCAGCCCUGAGGGAGUCCUUGCUCACCUGAGACAGAAUCUGUGCCAGUUCCAAUCCCAGGACAGCGCAGCAGCAGGGGCCUCUGAGUGCAGACUCUGCCCCAUGGACUGGCUGUCUCACAGCGGACAGUGCUAUUGGUUCUCGAAAGGGAAUCGGGACUGGAACGGGAGCAAGGAGGACUGCUCCAGGAAAAGGUCUCGCCUCCUGGUGAUCCAGGACCAGGAGGAGAUGGAGUUCAUACAGAAGGUCACACAAGGGAAAUACCCUGUUUGGAUUGGCCUUACCGUUACCUCCCCAGAGGGGAGAUGGACCUGGGUGGAUGGCUCCAGCUUAAACCCAAAUCUGUUUCCGGUAUCUGGCCUGGCUGUGAGGAACAGCUGCGGGGUGAUCAAGGGGAACGAGAUUCGUUCUGAGAUGUGCAGUGCUGAAUUUAAAUGGAUUUGUCAGAAGAAGGCUGUCCUGAUCUAAGCAGCGACAGCAGGGAGCCAGUAGCCUUAAAAAUAAUAGAUCCCUAGAGAUAAAGGCCAUUCUGUCUGCUCUGAUCUCCUGCAUAACAAAGGCCAGAGGAUGUCACUCAGUAAAAAGCGGCUAAGGAGAAAGCCACAUGCUCCUCCAAGUCCUCUGAAAGGUCCAGCUCCCCCCUGUG